AUCAAAUAUAUUUUGGAUAUUAUUUAAUAUGCAUUAAAUCUAAAAAAUAAUUAAUAUAUAGGUUUAUAAAUCUAUUUUGGAUACACUCGGGUACCCAAAAUAUUUUGGUUCGGAUCGGGUUCGGUUUUAGUUCUUUAAAUACCAAAAUUUUAGACUCAUUCGGAUAUUUAUUCAAUUUCGGUUCGGGUUCAGUACUAUUUUUUUGGAUCGGGUUCGGUUUGGUUUUUCGGAUCCGGGUUUUUUGCCGAUAACUUUUUUUUCUUCUUGUCAUCACUCUAUUUUCCACUCUAAAAUAGAGUAACAUUAGAACAACAACCAACUAUAUUAUAGAAUUAUUCUAUCUUAGAAAAAAAAAUAGAAUAAAUCAUUGGAAUAGUCUUAAGGUCGUUCAUAUAUACAAAGUACAUACACACUCUACUCAUCUUAAAAUGUUUAACAUAGGAUGCAAACCAACCCAAAUACUGUAUAUAUGUACCCAAUGUCCAACAAAUUGAUUGUCGAACAAAUCUGUUCUUUUUAAUUUUACUUCUUAUCCACACACACCUUGAGUUUCAUGACAAUUGAUGAAUCUUGAAAGCAAUGUACCAACAGAAAGAAUUGUUCAAAUAUGGGGUUUCUGUCCUCGCUCAAUCUAAAAUAUGGCCUUCCUCAUACAUCAUAGCUGCCUCAAUCCAUUUAAAAUCAACCAAUAAAUUUGAUUUGUGUAGAAAGCAAAACCGAGUUGUUGAGAUGCAUUAAUAGUACGUGGCCAAAGUAGUAUGGGCAGUUUUUGUGGGCUAAUACAUGCAGUUAAUGCAUUUCUAACCUUCUUUCUCAUUAUCGUUGUCAUCAUUUUACAUCAUUUAUGAUUGUACAUAUGCAUUUUAGUUUAUUUAUUGUAUUUAGGUUGCAUUUCACUUUUGCAUACUCUUCGAAUCCUUUUAAGUGUUCUUGGAGUUUAUGAGAGAAUGGAUACUUGGAAUGGAGGAGAAAGAAGAGCUAGGGAAGGGGUUAUAUAUAUAUACAGAAUCCAGAAUACAUAUCUGAAAAAUUGACUUGGGUGAAGCUCUUAACAAUCAAAACUAAUUCAUGAAAGUAGUUUAAAAUCAUUUGGAAAUAUACCCCCAAAGUUAUGACUGAAUUAAUGAACAUAUAUCACCAUUGCGAAAAAUUCCGAUAAUCCAGCGCCCAGUGGUCAUUUCCAGCGGGUGAGCGGUGACCGUUGGAUUCCUAUAAAAGUCAAUGUUUACAUUUUGACAAACUUGACCCAUGUUUUGACCUAAUUUCUUCGAUUAACAUGUUUAGUUUGUAUUCUCUAUAAAACUAAGCUUUUUACUUUCUACUUGGGUUUUAAGAUCUAAACAAUAUUCUUACAUUUUGGAUCAAGAUUUUUCUCGUUCAUAUGAAUAUGACAAUUACUAGUGAAGGAUUUCUCACCUCUAUCUUUAUGUUUAUGUCUUAUUUUUGUGUUUCAUUUUGAGGAUUAGUGAAAUUUUUCUUAGAGAUUUUAAGUUUUGUAGAUUUAGCCAUUUAGGGUUGUCUCUAAAAUUGCAACUCUAUACGCAUUACGAAGGAAGGUAUAUAUGUACUUUCUAGGUUUCCGACCCUUAAUCAAUAUUCUCAAUAGUCACGGUUGGACAUAAGUCAAAUUCAAAAACACACAAAACUUGAGUAUAAUUAAAUUUUGUUCAAAAGAAAAGAAAAGAAAACAAAUAUUGAUAACAUGUCAAACUCAUGGCGAUGCUUGAAAUAGGGGGCACAAAUGAACUGUCCGAUCAAUAUGGUCAUUCACUUCUGUUUGUGUUGACACUCCAACUUGUUUAUUGGGUCUCCUGUCAAACCAAACUUCUUAUAAACUUGUGAAGUUGCUUUGAUUCUACCUUUCAUAUUGAUAUCUCUCUCUCUAACCACUCUUCUUCCGUCAUUUUCUUUUUGUAUUGAAAAUUUCAGACAUAGUAUAGGAUUUAAAGUAAUUUCUCUUCUCUUCAUAUACUUGUAACUCAGUGAAUAUAUAAUAUAUUACUUUCGAAUUAAGUUUACAGUUAUAUUCAAAUGAUAUCCAUCGUGUUUUAUUUAGGCAUACUAGUAAGCAAUCAGUCGAAAAUUUGAUGAUGUAGCUAGAUUACAGACUAAAUAUAUGUGUCAAAAUCGAAAUCAUUUCUUUAUUUAUUAAUAAAGCAAACUAACCUCAAAACUCACCGACCUCAUCUCUUGCAGUAGAAAUCAGAGUAAAAUGGACAAGCAAUUUAAUUUUAGAAGGAAAAUAAAUGGACCAACACCUACUCCUAGCUACUCCUCAUAUAUAGUUGUCUCCUCAUGAGAAAUCGAUUAUCUUUCUGUAUGAUCAAACAUGGGGAGUGAAGUAGUAAAUCCGAUCAAACCACGGUUUGAUCUGAGCAUGUCAAGACGAACCCGGAAACCAUGGUCUUCAAGUCUCGUCAACGAGAUGCAACAUCAAGUCCUGUCCACGCAAAGCUCACAGCAAGAGAAAGAAUUAGAGCAAGACGAAGACCGAGAGAUUGAUCGUAAGAGUUUGAACAAUCUGAUGAGAAGUGAGCAAGAAUCAAAUGGAGAAGCUAAUGUUAGCAAUAAGAACUCUCUAGGUCAACAUUUCGGGGACGACGAAGCGAUCAAGCAAACAAUGCAAGUGGUGGUCAAGAAGCAAGGUGGGGAAAAUGGUGUUAAAUUCAAAGGUAUGAUGAGUCGAUAUGUUAAGGUCUUGAGCGGUCUGAUGAAGGCCAAACGUGACCGCAAAACAUCGGCCUUGCGGUUUAAGACAUGAUUCGAAUAUAUAUAUACGUACGUUCGUGUGCCUUACACGUAUAUUUAGUUUAGAAAUGUUUCGCGUACGUACGUAUUAUUGAUGUGCAUAUAUGUUGUUGGCAUAUUUGUUUUCACUUUUGAGAAUGUCAUCUUAGCACUAUGUUCAUCCGUACAUGUACCUUUUGGUUUUGAAUAUCAUUGCAUGUUUUUUUCGUUUGCUAA